AUGACUAAAGACGAGAACAUCCCUACCAACGACACUACCGACAAGACAACCACGACUGCCGACGAUGCCAGCCAUGAAGUUAAGAUCGUCAUUGGCAACGAACAGAACACUCAUCCGACAUUGAUGGGACCUCCUGUCAUCAGAGUCAGCAAAGUCCCCGAUUCAACUCCGGUCACGGUCCAUCCCUCUCAUGAGGUCACCAGACGAAGCGAUGAAAAGUCGACAUCCGUCUCUGAGGACAUCAAACACGGCCAGGAUGAUGCGGAGCAACGCAAUCACCCUUCACGAAGCGAUUCAGAGCUCAACGAAGCCGCCUCGAUCUAUGAGGACUGCGAUAUGGAGCAUGACGAUGGAGACGGAUAUGAUUUCGACUACGAAGACGAUGAUGACGACGAGCUAUCUCUCGAAAACGAUCCUUUCUUCGGUGACGCCCAGACCAAGCCUGACCAGCCAACUGAAGAGCAACUAGAUGCCAUCAGAAAGACCAUGGAAGAAGACGAGGAAAAGGAGGCCGAAAAGGAGGCCUUGGAAGAGGCGAACAGAGAGGCUAUACAGAAGGCUUUGACAGAUGGUCUUCCUCCCGCGCUUGUCGAUAACUCUACCGGAAUCGAAGUCUAUGAACCCAUCGAGCCCCCUCAACCUCUGUUGAGCGAGCAAGUGAACAAUGCGACAGAGUUGAUACUCAGACUCAGAUCAUUCCUUGGAGGAGAAGAACUCAUGCUGGUCGUCGGAUACAUCGAGCCNCCCUUCGAGAUGAAACUCAAGUUCAUUCAGGCGGUCAACUUGGACGUGGCAGAGCUUGAGAGCCUUGCGUUCUUGUUUGGAGACUACUACAUCCAGGAUGAGGAUACUGCCUACAAGGUUUGUCUUCUUCCAUGGCACCACUGUACGCAAAGAGACUGA